AUGACGGCGACAAAUGUGAUCGCUGGAACUGCAUGUUUAACUGCCAUAGCUACGGUAUUUUGUAUAGGAUUCGCUAUUUAUCUCAUUAACGACAUCAAUGAUUUCUAUGACAUCACUAUGGAACAACUAGCAGAUUUCAAGGAACUGGCGAACUCGGCCUGGAACGAGAUGCGGCCGACGCUACGUGACCAAGGCGGAACGAAUUCUUACAGAACAAAGCGUUCGUCCAAAUGUCCAUGUGGUAAACCGAAACCAUGUCCUGCAGGACCUCCUGGUCCUCCUGGACCACAAGGGCCACCUGGCCAACAGGGCGCUCCUGGAGAGCCAGGUCGUCCUGGUAUUGACGGAAAAUCAUUGAUUUUCGCCAUCGGUGACGGUAGUCCAUGCAUAGUGUGUCCAAUGGGACCACCGGGACCACACGGUCCCGACGGACCUCCAGGUCCACGAGGUAGGGAUGGCCUCCCUGGAACGGCAGCCUAUGGGGCGAAAUCAGGUGCACCAGGACCGCCUGGACCUCCUGGGAAUCCAGGAGUCCCCGGUUCGUCUGGACAGCCUGGACCGCCAGGGAAACCGGGAUCUAGUGCCACAAGAGGGAUGGCGCUACCGGGGCUGCCUGGACCACCUGGACCCCAAGGGCCAUCAGGUGCUCGGGGACCACCAGGACUUCCGUCAGCAGUGUCUGCACAAGGGCCAGCCGGACCACCAGGUCCAGCAGGAAAGCCAGGUGUUGCAGGUAGUACGGGUCCUCCUGGUCAACCUGGAGCACGGGGAACUCCAGGGGAAGAUGCUGGUUAUUGCAAGUGUCCAGUUCGUUCCAGUCCCGUUGAAGCGUCAAACACAAUUCCACGGAACGUAGGCUUUUCAAGACAAAAAGUCCACACUUCUGAAGGAUAUUCCAUUAUCGAUGGUACCGCAGGGGAAAGGAAGUGGUGA